UAGCAGGGCUUCCCUCCCUUUCUCACCUUCCCCCAAAAGCGUGCCUCCUCCACGCCACGACUGUGCCUGGCACAUGUGAGGCUCAGGAAUGCCAUUGAUCCCAGAAUAACCAGCUGGAGGGUCGGGUGCUUUCCCAGCUCCCCACGCCGCACACUCCACCAGCAGCGUGGGCAGAAGGUUAUUCUCCCCGGGGCAUUGGCAAUCAAUGUACCAUGCACUAAUGGAUGCUUCCUCUAUUGUCCCGCUGCGGGCCUGGAUUGGCUGCGGGGCUGUGGGAAACACCGGCGAUCCCGACACUCACGUAUCUGCCCCGGCUCCCCGCGUAUAAAUAGAGGCAGUUGGGAGCUGCCAAAGCAUCUCCUCACGCUCGGCACAGCAGCUGGCUGGGGUCUGUGCCCAGGGCUGAGCGCUCGGAAUGGCUCCCAGCAAUGCUCUCAUGAUCCACAUGGAGGAGAAGCUGCUGCCAAAGGAAAAGAAUAAACUGAGGAAGCCGGUGGUGGAGAAAAUGCGCCGGGACCGGAUUAACAGCAGCAUCGAGCAGCUGAAACUGCUCCUGGAGAAGGAGUUCCAGAGGCACCAGCCCAACUCCAAGCUGGAGAAAGCCGACAUCCUGGAAGUGGCUGUCAGCUACCUGAAGCAGCAGAGCCAGCUGCAGGACCAAAAAACAUUCAUCCACAAGAACCCAGAGCAGGACUUUAACAGCGGGUACCUGCGGUGCCUCAAGGAAGCCAUGCACUUUCUGUCCUACUACGAGCCCAAGAAGGAGACCCAGGUCCAGCUGAUCAAGCACUUCUGCAAGGCUCAGCUGGGUGCAGAUGCCUCGUACUCUCCAGCUCUGCGUGGCUCCCCCCUGUCUCCCUGCGUGUUUCCCAGAAAACAGCCUGCCCAGAAGAGCGUGGCUGCUGCUCCGACCAUCUGGAGACCUUGGUAGACCCGCUGAACUUUAUUCCAACGUUUUGCUACAAAAACUAGAGGGACCUGUGGUUUAUUAGUUCCUCUUUGAAGUAGGAAACAUUGCUUUCCAAAGGUGGGAGGAAGGGGCGGUUAUUGUUUUUCUGUCACCAGAAAUGAGGGUCGCUGGGUGGUUUCCCUUCAUAGUGAAGGACUCUGGGUAUAUCUUGCAGCAAAUUUGUUGCUUGUAUUGGUGGCUCCUGGCCAAAGCAGGACCAAGUUCUGUGGUGAUUUAGAGAGCAAAUGACCUUUGGUUUCCAUCACAGGCUGCUGAGCCUGUGGCUGUCAGUUGAAAUCUUUCCGCUGACUGCCUGGG